AUGGACCCCAACUGCUCUUGCGACCCUGGUGGCUGCUGCGCCUCCUCAGACUCCUGCAACUGUAAAGACUGCAAGUUCACCUCCUGCAGGAAGAGCUGCUGCGCCUGCUGCCCUGUGGGCUGUGCCAAGCGUGCCCAGGGCUGUGCCCGCAAGGUGGCUUCCAACAAGUGUGCCUGA